AUGCAGGCCGAAGACCUGGCGGACGUGCUGCGGGGCCUCGAAGAGGAGUUCGAGGCGGGCGAGAGGCUGGCCGAGGAGCGGGCGUGGUGCGCGCCGGUGCCGCGCGAAAGGGAGGUCAGGACGGAGGAGGUGCGGGCUAUUAAGUCGCAGCAGAGGAGCGCCGCGCGGGAGCGGGAGCGGGCCAUACAGGGCAUCCAGGGCUCCCAAGGCGGCGGGGCGGCGGCAGGAGUCGGGGCGGACCGCGGCGCGGCCCUCCGCGGGGUCAUGGGGGGAUUCGGCGAGGAUGACAUGGACGUGACGGCGGCCGACGGCGACCCAGACGUAGGCACGGCGGCGGGGAUGCGCGUGCGGCUCGGCCCGUCGAGCUCGUUCCUCGCCGCCGGCCGGGAGCUGGCCAAGGAGCUGACGCUGAACGAGAAGCAGUCGAUCGCCCUCCUCAUCGUCUGCCGGCAGCUCGACCAGGUCCGGCAGGCCAAUGAGGCAGGCGGCGACGGAGACGGGGAAGGUCAGCUCUGCCUGUUCAUCGGCGGCGAGGGCGGCACCGGCAAGUCGCGCGUCAUCGAGGCGCUCGUCGAGCUGCUCGCCCGGAGGGAGCUGUCGAGCCGGAUGCUAGUCACAGCGACGUCGGGCACGGCGGGCGGCCAGGCGGGAGGGGCGACCAAGGGGGUGGACGGCGUGCGGCUGCCGGGCGCGGGCGAGCGCUUCGUCGACGGCCGGUCGCGCAUGGACUGGCGGGAGAAGGAGGUGCUGGUGGUCGACGAGGUCAGCAUGCUCGGGGCGCGCACGCUAUACGCCGCCAACGAGCAGCUCUGCCGGCUGCGGGGGUCGGCGCGGGACUUCGGCGGCAUCCCGGUGGUGAUCUUCUGCGGCGACUUCCACCAGUUCCGGCCGGUGCAGGAGCGGUCGAUCCUGCUGCCGAGCGCGGCGGUGUCGUGGGACGAGGACAGGGCCUUCACGGCCGAGCAGCGGCGGCAGCACGACAAGGCGCACGCGCUCUGGCGGCGGUUCACGACGGUCACCAUGCUCGACGAGCAGAUGCGGGCCGCCGGCGACCCCGAGCUGCGGCGCCUGCUCGGGCGGAUCCGGCGGGGCGAGCAGGACCGGUCGGACCUCGAGCUGCUCAACUCGAGGUGCCACCGGCCCGGCAGGCGGAUCCCGUGGGAGACAGGCGUGACGGUGGUCACGCCGCUCAACCGGAACCGCUGGAACCUCAACCUCGAGGCGGCGCUCGCGUUCCGGGCGCGGCAGCGGACGGCGGCGCGCGUCUUCCUCCGAGCACAAGUGGAAGGACGCGCGACGCCGGUGCCGGCCGUCUUCGUCUUCGUGCCGGGCAUGCCGGUCGUCGUGAACCAGAACACGCACCAGGGGCUGAAGGUGCUGACGGUGCACUUCGGGCCGCCGGCGGGCAUCGUGCUGGCGUCGGAGACGACCAGGGACCUCCACUUCGUCGGGAUGCCGUCCGGGACGAUCCUGCUGACGCCCAUCACCGUCAAGAUCACGGCGCAGCGGAAGCGGCCCUGGCAGCGCAACGACGUCGGCCGGCGCGGCCUGCCGUGCGCCGCGGCCUUCGCCUGCACCGACUACAAGGUGCAGGGCGGGACGAUCGAGCGCGUCGCGCUCGAGCUGCGGGGGGCGAGGACGACGACGGUCGAGGGCAGGGCGGUGGCGUCGCCGUGCGACCCGUACAGCCUCUACGUGCAGCUCUCGCGGUGCCCGACGCUCGACGGCAUCAUGCUCGUAUCGGAGGUGCGGGAGCGGGACCUUAUAGGAACCGGGUGCCGGGAAAUGACAGCGGCGCAGGCCCGGCUAGAGGAGCUAAGCAAGCAGACAACACAGGAAGCAGGUAGCCUACUCCGCAGCUAA